GCUGACAGGAAGAGGGACGGACAUGUGAAAAUCAACUGUGUGGAAGAAAUACGACGUGAGAUUUCGAAACAAGUUCGGAAAACCGAAACCGCAUUACUUUUGUUUCACUUUACAGGUUUUGGAGGAGGGAGUGGUUUUUGUCCUGACAUAAAAGACCGGAGACACAGGCACACUCUGCUUGUGAACUGCACGGCUGCAGCUGCUGAUAAAGAUGGCUCACCUCCCAGCACUUUUCAAGUAUGUGGAUCAACACCAGGAAGCUUACAUUGAGCGUCUGGCCCAAUGGGUGGAGGUCCAGAGUGUGUCAGCUUGGCCUGAGAAGCGCGGGGAGAUCAAGAAGAUGAUGGAGAUGGCAGCCAAGGACAUCGAGAGGCUGGGGGGCACAGUGGAGAUGGUGGACAUCGGCAAACAGAAGCUGCCCUCUGGAGAGGAAAUCCCCCUGCCCCCCAUUGUCCUAGGUCAUUUGGGGUCGGACCCAGGCAAGAAGACCGUGUGCAUCUAUGGUCACCUUGAUGUGCAGCCAGCUAACUUGGAAGAUGGCUGGGACACAGAGCCCUUCACACUGGUGGAGAAAGAUGGCAAGCUCUAUGGAAGAGGUUCAACAGACGAUAAGGGUCCUGUGUUGGCGUGGUUUAACUGCAUUGAAGCCUACCAGAAGAUCGAGCAGGAGCUUCCCAUCAACAUCAAGUUUUGCUUCGAGGGCAUGGAGGAAUCUGGGUCUGAAGGCCUGGAUGAGCUGGUCUUUUCUCGUAAAGACACUUUCUUAAAAGAUGUCGACUAUGUCUGCAUCUCAGACAACUACUGGCUGGGCAAGACCAAGCCCUGCAUCACUUACGGUUUGAGAGGGAUCUGCUACUUCUUCAUUGAGCUGGAGUGCGGCAACAAGGAUCUCCACUCUGGGGUGUUUGGCGGAUCUGUUCACGAAGCCAUGACUGACCUUAUCGCACUAAUGGGCUCUCUGGUGGACAAGAGGGGGAAGAUCUUGGUGCCAGGGAUGAACGAUGAUGUGGCCCCCCUGACGGAGGAGGAGAAGCAGCUCUACGACAAGAUCGAAUUUGACUUGGAGGAGUACUGCAAGGAUGUUGGGGUUGGAAGGCUGUUGCAUGACUCUAAGGAGCAAAUCCUAAUGCACCGCUGGAGGUUCCCGUCCCUUUCUCUCCACGGUAUCGAGGGGGCUUUCUCUGACGGCGGGGCCAAGACUGUCAUCCCCCGAAAAGUCAUUGGCAAGUUCUCCAUCCGGGUUGUCCCCGACAUGGACCCCAAAGUUGUGGAAAAGCAGGUCAUCAGUCAUCUGCAGAAGAAGUUCUCCGAACUGGAAAGCCCAAACAAACUAAAGGUGUACAUGGGCCACGGGGCCAAGGCCUGGGUCUCCGACUUCAACCACCCCCACUAUUUGGCCGGUCGCAAGGCCAUGAAGACGGUGUUUGGUGUCGAGCCCGACCUGACGCGUGAGGGCGGUAGCAUUCCAGUCACCCUGACUUUCCAGGAAGCCACAGGACGUAACGUCAUGCUGCUUCCAGUUGGCUCCUCCGACGACGGCGCCCACUCCCAGAAUGAGAAACUCAACAGAACCAACUACAUCCAGGGCAUCAAGAUGCUGGGCGCUUACUUCCAUGAGGUUUCCCAGCUGGACUGAGCGGACCAGUCACACAUCAGAAACCAACUACAUCCAGGGCGUCAAGAUGCUGGGCGCUUACUUCCAUGAGGUUUCCCAGCUGAGUGGACCAGUCACACAUCAGAGUAAAUGGAAAAAUAUCUCUUUCAUCAGCUCUACAGACAAAGCAACUUACCAUAGCUAACUGACCUCUUACAUGUACUGUUGCCUAUUAAUAAACCUUCAGAUUUGCUUUUUCCUUUA